GGAAUGCGUGACUAAUUGCCUCCAUGAACAACUGCCUCCUCUGCCAUGAGACCAGAGGAACUGGAUGGUGCCCGGCUGCCAUUACUGAACAUUUUGAUCAAAGAUUCCAUAGAAGAAUCCUGAUGAAAAGGGGGAAAAUGCAGAACAGAAUUUCAGAUUCUCAAGGACUCUUGACUUUCUGGAGCCAUGGAGGGUGGAUGAACUCCUGAAACUACUGCCUGAGAUAAUCUUUAAACCUUAAACCAAAAAUAUCCCAUGAAGUCAUCUUAAAACCAAACAAUAAUUUAGCUUAACUAGUAAAAAAGGUCUGCCUUGAGCAUUAUGCUCUUUUAAGAACUAUCUAUUUGGGAUCAAAUUGACAACAACAGCUUGACAGAUUAGAUAGGAACCUUACAGGGCACUGAGUUUAUGUUAAUGAUGGAGGAACGACUCAGAAAAGGUGGGUGAGAAUGGUUGCACAAGUUGAAGACUGUCAGCAAUGUCACUGAACCGUAUAAACUGUUGAAUUUGGUGUAUGUUUUGCUGUGUAUAUUCUCAUCAACAACAACAAAAAAGAGUGAAGUAGCUGGCAUGCCAGUGUGGGAAACCCUAUAAUGAUUUGAGACCUCUAGGAAUCCCUGUGGUUCCCAGUAAGUCCCCACGCAUACUGCUGAGCACCAGUGUGUCCAUAUUGGGUGUAGAAUGAGAGCAUAACGGUGAGCCAGGCAGCUGGAGGCAGAGAAAAUGCCCUGACCUCCAUCACUAGACCUGGGCUAGACUCCAACACUUUGACCCUGAGUGAGACACUUAAUCCUGAGCCUCAGUUUCCUCACCCUAAAAUUAUGGUUUUUUGCCUUUUUUUUAAACCACCCUCAAAUGAGAAAAAGGGUGGGAAAAUCCUCCAGACCCUGGAAACCACGUGCCGAUGGAACUCUGGUUCUGAUAUGUAGCAGAAGCUCCACCGGACCAUUCAUUCAGCAGCUACUUCUACGUGCCUGCCAGCACUGUGAUACACUGGGGACACAGAGAACAACAUUCUAGAAACCAUCCCAGCCCUUGGCAAACACACAGUCUACUUCCAACCAUUUAUUGCCAGGAAGUAAUUCCGCCGAAUGUUCAGAAAUAUGAUUUUCAGAAUAUCUGCAGGAAGAUGAUCACUGUGGGCUAUCUGUAACAACAACAAAAACAACAAAAAAAUUGGAAACAACCCAGACAUUUACAAAAGUAGGAUGGUUUCAUCAAGUAUACAACCCCACAUAAUUAUUUAAAAAGAAUAUCCAGUCCACCCACACUUACACUUGGGCAGGGUCAGUCAGCCUGUCCCUUUGGAGGUGGUAGUUGGCUGGGGGGAGGCUGGUGGCCCUGCCCUGAGGAGGCGGCUAUUUGAAGGUUAAGACAAAGGGGUAUGUGAUGGUGAUAGGUCACAAAGGACAGUGGAGGAUAAAUGCAGUGGUGCAAGAAAUUUUAGGCAGAAGCCCUGGAGGGAGCUGGGCAGUGGCCUUUGCUCCCUCUCUCUUGGGGACGCUAUAUGUGGCUGGCGGAGCUCUCUUCAAAGAAGAGAACUAUGAGCAAUGAAUAUGUGUUACCUUAUUACACCGCCCACAGCUACCGUUCAAUGGGUGUGUUCAAUAUCUCCAUGGGGGACUUACAACGACAACUAUACAAGGGAGGAGAGUAUGACAUUUUCAAGUACUCACCGAUGUUUGAGAGUGACUUUAUCCAGAUCAGCAAGAAAGGACAGGUGAUUGAUGUACACAACCGUGUCCGAAUGGUGACUGUGGGCAUCACAUCCACCAGCCCCAUCCUCCCCCUGCCUGACAUCAUGCUGCUGGCCCGGCCAGCUAGAGUCUGUGAAGAGCAUGCUGGGUACGGCCAGCCCACCAAGGGGAGAGGUGGCAAGGCCACAAAGACCUUAGAGCUCACCAGGCUUCUGCCCUUGAAGUUUGUCAAGAUCUCCAUCCAUGAUCACGAGAAGCAGCAGCUGCGCCUGAAGCUUGCCACUGGCCGUACUUUCUAUCUGCAGCUGUGUCCCUCUUCGGAUGCACGAGAAGACCUCUUUUGCUAUUGGGAAAAACUAGUUUAUCUCCUGAGGCCACCAGUGGAGAGUUAUACCAGUACCCCGACCCUCCUAACUGGGGAUCUAACAACCACUUCCGUGAGUUUGACAAAUGAUGACAAAAGCAUCAUGACUGCAGAGCUCUGUGGAGAAGAGGAUCAGGGUGAGGUCAGGCUUCCCAAGCUCCGCGAGGUGUCUGGAGCUACCUCUUCUGCUUACGCUGGGGGAGAGGUAAUCCAACAAGCCGUCCAUGGAAUGCCUCAUACAACUCCUGCAGCCACGAAACCUCCAGGGCCUGCCUUAGGAACAGCAGUAGCAGGGACAGCUGCAGGAGCAGCAGUAGCAGGGACAACUGUAGGCCGUACAGCAGGUGCAGCAGUAGCAGGGACGGCUGCAGGCCUUACAGCAGGUGCCAUGGGCAUCACUAUCACCAAGUCUUCGGGCCCAGGACAGGCAAGUGCGGCCCUGGCAGGAGUGGCCACCAAGGGUCCAGGAGAAAGGGGAUCCAGCAAGGCCAUAGUGGGUGCUACUGACAUGUCCUCAAAGAAUGUUAACGUGGUCUUGGUGGGCGCUGCAAGCACAUCUGCACUGGGUAGCUCUGCCAUAUCAACAAUGGCUACCAGUCCCUCCCCAGAAAGCAACAUGAGCAUGGUUUUUGCAGGAGUAGUCACUACCAACAAGCCUGUCACAGAAAGCGCUGGAGGACCCCUUGUCUCAAGUUUGCAGCAUGAAGGCUACAUGAGUGAGGGGGAUGGGAGCCAGAGGGGCUCCCAGUCCAGCGCUGAAGCCUGGAAGGAACAAAAGGGAAGAAGAGCAAAGAAGGACAAAAAUCCCACUAGGAAAAGUUCUCAUCACCACAGGACAGGUAAGGACAAGUCAACCCAGAAAUCAUCCUCCCACCGGUCCUUAACCAGCCAUGGAACCACCAGAGAAGACAAAAAAGAAAAAUGCCACAGCAUCCUAAAAAGUAAAGAAUACAGAUCCUCCUCUCACAAAAGUGUCAGCCACAGUCCCACCCCAAAGGAGUCUCGGACAACUCACAAACUGGAGUGGACCCAAUCUGCAACUAGCUCAACUUCUGCAGGUAAGAAAUCCAGCAGGAUUGGCUCUUUUUUCAGGAGCUUCAGAGCCAUUCCUGCUUCAAAAACAGCAAUGACAUCCCACGAGAGAGGGGUAGACAUAGUGGCCAAGACUGUGGAGAGGUGCAACAUUGAGGCCAAGAUGGAGAAACCACAGGAUGGCCAGGACCUGGAGAUCAUGGGUACCAUGACAUCUGAGACCACGGAGACAAUAAUCUUUGAGGCCAAAUCCAUUUAAAAGGGAGUGAGAGCAGGAAGCUGCAGUGGAGAACA